AACGCCAUCUCUGUGAAUUCUCCUCGUGUGAUAAAGCAAACAGCAGAACAUCUUUUUCUUUUCAAUGAAAUUGGCGGGAAUCAGGCUUUGUAAAAUUCUUUAACAUCUUUGUGUUAUUUUUCAGCUAUUUAAUCUUUAACACGAAAAAAUACAAAAAACACUGUAAACAUGGCUGUACACAUCCAAGUGAAUUCUCCUGAUUUGAAACUUGAUGAAAAUUGCGUGGUUCAUUCGAUGCCAUGUAAAAUCAAUCACGACGGUCAAGCAAAUGUUUCAGGAUUCUUUUCACCCUACAUUGAAAAUAAAGAGCUGGAUGAUAGUAGUGAUGGAGUUAAACAAGCUUCAUUCCGAGGUUAUCCUUUGCAAGGAAAAGAAACUGUAAUACCAGAUGGUUUCAAAGGAAUUGUGGUCACUGAAAUGAAGAAACCGUUGACUGACAUUGAGGAGAGAAAUCUUGUUGUCAGUAAGAAAUUUGAUAAAAUUACAUAUUGGAACUGGGAUUGCUUCCCAGUCAACAAUGAUUCAAUUAAUCAAUCCAUGGAUUGGCUCACACUCUCUAAAAUGAUUCAUGAAACUGAAUGAAGAAGAUUUCAACAUAACAUUCAUCAUUCAUCUCA